AUGGAGUGGUGGUGGUGUGGGGUGUGGAGGGUGGUGCCGGGCGGAAGGGGGUGGGGGGGGGGGGGGGGCUGGUCGUUGAUCGGGGGGGUUCUGGGGGGCGGAGUGGUGGGGGGGGGGGGUGUGGGGCGGUGGGGGGGGGUGAGGGCGCUGGGCAGUGUUUGGGGGGGGGGUGGUUUGGGGUGUGGGGGCGUAGGUGGUGGGGGGGUGGGGUGCGGGCUUGGGGGCGUUGCGCGAGGGGGUCGGGGGGCGGUAGGGGCGUGGGGGGGGGGGGCGGGACGGGGAGGUAGGGUGGGGGGGUGUGGGGGGGGGGGGUCUGGGGGGGGGUGGGGAGGGGGUGGGGGUGGGGGAGGUCGGGGGGGGUCCGUGGGUGGGGGGGGGGGGGUUUGGGGGGGGGUGGGGGGAAGGGGGGGGUGGUGGGGCGAGGGAAUGGCGGCGGGGGAGUGGCGGGGGGGGCGAUGGGGGGGUGUGGGUGGUGUUCGGGGGGGGGUCGGGAGGUGGGGUGGGGGGCUGGGAUGUAGAGGGAGUGGGGAGAGGGUAGGGGGGGGGGGGGGGAGUGCGAGGGGGGGGCGGGGUACGGGGGUGCGGUAUGGGCGGGGCGGGGGCGGGGGUGGGGAGGGAGUGGACGGGGAGGGGGGGGCUGGGGUGUGGGGAGGGUGGGGGGGAGGGCGGGGGGGUCGUAGACUGGGGGGCAGGUGGGGGAGGGGGCCGGGGGGGCGGGAGGGGGAGGGAGGGGGGGGGGGGGUGGCGGGGGGUGGGAGGGGGGGGCUGGGGGGUAGGUGGGGGGGUGUGGGGGGGGGGGGGCGGGGGGAGGGGGGGGUGGGGGGGGGGCAGUGGGUCGAGGGAGUGGGGGAGUGUGUGGUGGGGGUGGUGGUGUUGGGUCGGCGGCGGGGUGGGGGGGGUUGGCCGCGUGUGGGAGGGGGGGGGGGGGGGUGGGGGGGGUGGUGGUGGGCGGGGGGGGGCACGGGUGGAGGAGGGUGGAGGCGUGGGGGGGCGUGGGAGGAGGGGGGGGUGAGGAGGGGUAUGGGGGGCGAGGGGGGGGGGAGGGGUGGCGGGAGUGGAGUUGGGGGGGGGGGUGGAGUGGGAGGGGGGGGGGGGGCAGUGGGGGGAGCGGGAGACCUGGCGGGGGGGUGGGGGUAG